AUGCAGGACAUGAAGAAUGAACUAAAAGUCAGCUAUGAGGAAAAGGAGAAAUUACAAAAAGCCUUCAGACAACAUGAAUUUCGAAUGCUAUUCGAUGAAUAUUUUGAUGAGAUAUCAGAUGACAAGUACAGAAAAGAAAAAGAGAAUUAUUUAUUAAGCUUAUAUUUUAAGGGAGAGCUAAAAAAAAAUCAAAUUCUCAUAAAACCAACAGAAGCUUUUUGCGUUAAAACGAAAAUUCUAUAUUCUAAUCAGACACAUCAGAAAUUGUUUCUAAACAUUUGUUCCCACGAUGGAAUACAUUGCAUUUCUUUCGAGAACGCUGCUCGAGGGGAGUUGAGCAUUCCUUACUCUCUUUCGCAGAUGAGACCCGACAAGUGCGGAAACGGAGUGUGCUGCUUAACCGUGGACUGUUGCACGAACCCAUCUACCAUAGAUGUAGUUAGAUCAUACAACGAAAUUCUGAAUUACCUCCUAGAAAACGUGUGUUUGAACAUUGAAAAAAAUGCAAUGAAAGAUAAAGAAAAAAUAUGUCGAGAUUUCAAAAUUUUAAAGAAUAUGACAUGUAAAGGUGGGAAACCAUUUACCAUGUGCAUAAAUAAGGAAGUAUUAAAACCAAGUGUAUUAAUAGAUGAAGAGAAAAAAUUAGAAAGCAUGAGAAAUGAUUUUGAGAAAACAGUUAUUGCAACUACGCCAGGUGAUGUUCAAAAAAUAUCCAACAAAAGUAAAGUAGACACAGAAAUAAAGAUAGGAACAGAUGGGGAUAUGGAAAAAGCUCUUGAGCAAGAUGUAUCAAAAACGAUAGAAAUAUCACAAAAUGAGGAAAGUAAAGUAAAUAUGGAACCCAAAGGAGAGUUGCAAAAGAUAAGAAAAACGAAAUUUUUUAUAUAUCAUCAAGGGAUCAUAAAUACAUCUUCUUUCUUUAAACAAAAUGAAUACAGAAAUGUUUGUCUGAAUAUUCCUGAAAAAAUAAAAGUUUUAAUAUGCACACAGGGAUACGUAACGAGUGCAAAUAUCCAUGUAGAGGUUCAAAAAAAAAGGCUAGAAGUGAAAUUCAAGAAUUGUGAUGAAGAAGAUGUGGUGACAGACCUUCCAUAUCCAUGUAACGUGAAGGACUACACUUGCCUUUUAAAGAAAGAGAAAAAAAAAAUAGAAGUAUACCUAAAAUUGUGCGAACAGUUUGUUUAUGAGUAUGCCAAAGGUAUAUGUCAGAAAUUUUUCUUAGAUCGUGAUACAACAAACGGUGAAGAGCACGUCGAUUCGUUGGAUUACAUUGACGAAAUAGUGCACAGGUACGAGUUGGAUCAGGAGCAGGCUCAAGAAGUGAAGAAAUCGCGUGGGGAGAAGCAGACAGAUGGGGAGAAGCAGACAGAUGGGGAGAAGCAGACAGAUGGGGAGAAGCAGACAGAUGGGGAGAAGCAGACAGAUGGGGAGAAGCAGACAGAUGGGGAGAAGCAGACAGAUGGGGAGAAGCAGACAGAUGGGGAGAAGCAAACGGAUGCAGAGAAGCAAACGGAUGCAGAGAAGAAACAAUUGAGCAAUGUGGAGGGAAGCGAAGAAAAGGUCAUAUACAACAUCUCAGAAGGAAAGCAAGUGGAUACAGAAUUCCCAACUGAUGAAGGAAAAUUAAAGGGGGCAUUGAAAAAUAAUGGUGAGGAAAAACUUGAUAAUGGUUUAUGCCAUUGCAAGGAAAAACAUUUUUUGGACUUUUCGGUAAAAAGUGAAAAACUGAAAAUGGACAUCAGUGAUGAAUGUGGUCAUGUGAUGGAAGUGGUAAAAGUAGCAGACGGGGCAGAAGCAGCGAAAGUGGCAGAGUUAGCGGGUGCGAGGGAAGCCAAUGGUGAUAGUAAGGAAGAUAGAAAGGAAGAUUGCAAGGAAGAUUGCAAGGAAGAUUGCAAGGAAGAUUGCAAGGAAGAUUGCAAGGAAGAUUGCAAGGAAGAUUGCAAGGAAGAUUGCAAGGAAGAUUGCAAGGAAGAUAGUAAGGAAGAUUGCAAGGAAGAUUGCAAGGAAGAUUGCAAGAUAGGUAAAAAGGAUGAAAGCGGAAAAGAAAAAAAACACAUUCAUUACAAAUGGGACAGACAAAAUGGAAUAGUAGAGAACGGAAAAACCACCCCGUCUGAUUAUUUCAAGUGUGAGGUGGUGAAUGACGAUAUUUCAAUGGGAAAAAUGUGCGUGGCCCAAGGGAGUUCUCAGGAAUUGCUAGAGUGUUCAUCCAGAAAUUCUGGAAAACAACAUGAUAAGUUGAGUGGGUGUGUGAAGAAAAGUACAAGCCCAGAAAUUCCUACUUCCUGGGUGGAUUUUAAUGGAGGCCAGUUUUUGCCAUAUAUAGACAUGUUUGAAAGUGUGGAUAUGGAGGGGGCCUUCUCGUGCAGAUUAUGGACUGCGUAUUUGUAA